UCUCCCAUAAUCAACAAUUAGUAGUAACCGCAAAGUCUAAAGAGUUGGAAGGGAAGGUAAACAAAAAUGACCAGUCACAAGUCCACCUUUCGUUUCCUAAUUUUCCUCCUCGUUUCCGCCCUCGCUGCCGGCAUACCACCCGCCUCCGCCACCCGCCGCCCCGCCUCUUCUUCACAUGACUAUGGCGACGCAUUGACUAAAUGCAUUAUGUUCUUCGAAGGCCAGCGCUCCGGCAGGCUGCCGCCCAACCAGAGGCUCACUUGGCGGCGCGACUCUGCUCUCAGAGACGGCUCCGACAUCGGCAUGGAUUUGGUGGGAGGAUACUACGACGCAGGGGACAACGUGAAGUUCCAUCUGCCAAUGGCGUGGACGACGACGAUGAUUGGAUGGAGCGUGCUGGAGUUCGGCAACAAGAUGGGCCGGUCCGACCUGAGACACUCCCUCGACGCCCUCCGGUGGGGCACCGACUACUUCCUGAAGGCCACCAGCGUCCCCGGCCGGGUCGUCGCUCAGGUCGCCGACCCGGUCCUGGACCACGAUUGCUGGGAGAGGCCCGAGGAUAUGGACACCCCGAGGAACAGCUACGUGCUCAAUGCGUCGCACCCUGGCUCGGAGGUGGCAGGGGAAAUCGCGGCGGCGCUGACAGUGGGUGCACUGGCGUUCAGGAGGAUCAGACCUAGCUACACCAAAUUGCUGCUCAAUAGGGCGAUUCAGGUGUUCGAAUUCGGCGACAAGCAUCGUGGAUCGUAUGCUCAGAGCGUCGGAGCUGGCGCUUGCCCCUUCUAUUGCAGCCCAAAUGGGUACAUGGAUGAAUUGGCGUGGGCAGCGGCAUGGUUGUUUAUGGCAACAGGGGAUAGGAAAUACUCAUACUACGUUAAAUCGAAUUUGGGGACUGGCUUGACCGCGUUCAAUUGGGAUUCUAAAUUUGCUGGAGUUUAUGUUCUUUUAGCCUCGCUGGACUAUGCUUAUGCAGCUAACGCCGACAACCUCGUCUGCGCAAUCAUGCCCGAAUCGCCUUCCAAAACCUACACCUACACUCCGGGCGGGCUCCUGUACUCAAAGGGAGCGUCCAGCAACAUGCAGAACCCGACGGCACUCUGCUUCCUCCUGGCAGCGUACACCCGCGUCCUGCGAGCGAGAAACAGAUCCGUCCGAUGUGGGAACGUGAACAUCGACCCGUCCAGGCUGGACCGAUUCGUGAAAUCGCAGGCGGAUUACAUCCUGGGGAGCAACCCACUGGGGAUGUCGUACAUGGUAGGGUACGGACCGAGGUACCCGCGGAGGAUUCACCACAGAGGGUCCGUCCUGCCCAACAUUAGGCAGCAUCCAAAGAAGAUCGGGUGCUCGGAAGGGUACUGGUACUUCAAGAACCUGAGAUCGAACCCGAAUGUGCUGACCGGGGCGGUGGUCGGAGGACCUGAUAUGAAUGAUGGGUUUCAGGAUAGUCAGCUCGUUGUUUCUCAGUCUGAACCGACUACUUACAUCAAUGCCCCGUUCGUUGGAGUCUUGGCGUUUGUGAAGGGAGGGUUUAAGGUGUGAAUUAUUUUUUAGCUCGUGUGGUCGGUCGCUUUGAUUGUUUAGCCACGGUAAAUUGUUUAGGCAUGGUAAAGGGGUUGGCUUGGAGCCUAGAGGAAGGUGUAGUUACUGAAAUCGGCCACCAAACCUCUAAAUGUGGGUGUUUUGAAUGUAAAUUUGUCGGUUUGGUUUGUGUUUGAACCUACUAGCUCGAGGUACGAACAAUAAUGAUUGUUGGUGUGGGGUUGACUCAUGAUCCGUUCGUCUGAUCUCGUCGGGAGGGAAGAAACCUGUGAAAAGUGC